AUAGAUUCUUCCGUAGCCUGAUUCGGUUUCAAUUUCAAAGCCACUCUCCGUAGAAAAACAAUCGAAACCAGAAAAGCUCCAAACAUGAGGAGUUGCUGCAAAACCCUAAUCCAGAGUUCCCUCCCUUUCCCUUCCCUCCACAACUCGAAACCCUACUACCUCUCCAAUUCCAGCCAUGUCUUCCCUUUCCUCCCCCGCGCUCUCCCUAGCUUCUCCUUCAAUUCCUCGACUCCCAGAGCCAAACUUCCCCACACCUUCCAUAUCCACUCUACCGCUUCUAAUUCCAGUUCUUCGGCAGCACUAGGAGUAGCAAUCUCUUCGGAAUCGGCCGAAGAUGAACCCCAAGACGACCCGAAGAGGGACACCGUGGAGCACUUGCUCACCAACCCGGACGACAUUUCCAGGCUGAUGAAGAUGGAGAGGCGGCAGCAGGGCGACUGUGAGAAGCGAUGGUUCCCUUACUUGGAUGCGUUCAAAUGUGGGAAUGGCGCGCGCUUGAGUAGCGGCGAUGUGUUGGAAGCAAUGGCGCCGUAUAUGAUGGAAGAGAGGAAAGAAAGGUUCAGGACCGCCGUGAAGAACCGGAGUUACUCGGUUUGUCUGGUGGUCGAAGGGUUGAACGAUUUCGGGAACGUUUCUGCUACGUUUCGUUCUGCCGAUGCGCUUGGGUUUCAGUCUGUUCAUGUCAUCAACCCGGAUAGCUCGAAAAGGUGCUUCGUGGGUUGAGGUAUAGAGAUAACCGACAUGUUAGCAUGGGAGCUGAGAAAUGGUUGGACAUUGAACUGUGGGACUCUACUGCAGAGUGCUUCCAAGUUCUCAAGUCUCGUGGUUAUCGAAUUGCUACAACGCAUGUUGGAACCGAUGCGGUAUCGAUUUAUGACAUGGAUUGGUCAUGCCCUACUGCAAUUGUUGUUGGCAACGAACAUAGGGGGAUAAGUGAUGAGGCACUCGGACUUUCAGAUCUGCAUUGCAGUAUUCCAAUGAAUGGCAUGGUCGACUCUUUCAAUGUAUCAGUUGCUGCUGGCAUUCUCAUGCACCAUGCUGUUUGUGACAGAACUUCCCGUCUGGGGCGACAUGGAGAUUUAACAGCAGAAGAAAGCAAGAUACUGCUGGCUGAGUUCUCACUGCGUCAUAGCAAGAGUGCGAUAAGCAUCGCACAUGAAUAUGCAAAGAGGAGUAAGGCUUCCACGCCUGUGCCAAAGCUGUGAUGGAGAUUUAUCAGAAAAUGCUUCCACUACCAAAUGUCUGCAGUCUGCAAAUCCCCCUCCCGAUGUAAACAGAGAAGAAUUGGAGAAAAACAUCUGCAAUGAGCAAUUUGCUCUGCUUUGAUUGCAUCGGAGGCAAAGGAAAAAUCACCGGUCAGUUGGCGGUUGCUUGGGAACAACUGGAGGUGAUGUGCUUAGCUAGUGCAGCCUCUCUAACUCUUUGUUUGGUUCUUCUUGACGAAGUAAAGAGAGAACGGAAGCAAGUUAUACAUAAUGAUAAGUGAUAUCUUAGAAGCUAGAAUUCUUGUGACCCAUGAAUGUUCUACUUGUUACAUGCCGCAUCAUUUUGAUAGUGGAAAAUCCGUUUCUCUUUAGAAUCUCCUAGUAUAUAUAUCCCAUUGAACAGAAUUUUGUAGACAACCAGAUGCAUAAACUCUGCUUGACCAGAGUCUGCAAUCGUUCAUAAAACUCAUUUUAAACUAACCAGUAUAAAUCAAUUGCUUGAUCUGCAUUUGGUUUGAUUUUUGAUCCGGUUUCUUUAGAGAGCUGCCAAUGACCUCAAAAUCAAGGGCUCAAAAGAGGUUACCCCAAAUUUGAUAUCUCCAAAUUUAGCAUCCAUUUUCAGAGAAAAUUUCAAUAGAAAUAAACAUAAAAAUCAAAAUCAGAUCAUCUUUCUCCUAUCCUCUUACAACUUUUUUUUUCAAAUCUCUUUUCAGUUUUCCCUCCUUUGAAGGGAAAAGCCUUUUCUAGGGUUUUCCCAGAUUAAAGAUCUUGGGAUUUUUUCUCUGAGUUUGCCCUAGAAAUUGCUUUGGUUAUUGAUUAACAUAACUUAGUCUACUAUAGAUUAAUGGUCAAUCCAGGUACGUACACAUACAUGCUUGCAAUGCUCUUGUUUGGGUUUGUUCAUGAUAAUAAUUUGGUUCAAAAUUAUUGUAUUGGGUAAUUGUAAUUUAGGAUCAUACCUUUGGUUUUCCUGUUCAUAAUGGUUUUUGGACUUUAUGGGAGUUCUCCUUCCAGCGGCUAAAUCGCCCGCCACUUCUAUGAAUUUGUAGAAUACUUAUGAUAUCAUGAGCUUAUUGAUAAUCUCAAAACGAGUUAUCGAUAAAAGGAAAAAAAUAAUUUAUUUUAAAUGAAAAUCAAUAAUUCACAUAUAGCUUUUUGUUCUCUUUCGUUAGGAUAAGCCUGUCACCAUUUGGCAAGGAGCUGAUCACUGCGCUAGCCAAAUGGGUUCGAAGAUAUCAAAGCAAGGGUCAUUGAGAGUUGCAAAUGCAACCUUGCAAAGUAGCACUCAUGAUUCAUUGAUUAGCUAUCUCACCACAAGUAACAUUUUACGUAACUUGGUGUCCAAGCAUCGGCGCCGAAUGCUCAUCGCCGGUUACGAUCUCGAUAUGUCGUAUAUCACGGAUCGUGUACUCGCGAUGUCGUUUCCAGCCGAACGUAUGAGGGCCAUGUAUCGUAACCCACUUUGGCAAGUCAAAUCGGUGUUGGAUAUGCGGCAUGGUGGGCACUACAAGGUGUAUAAUUUAUGCAUUGAGCAAUCGUAUGAUCCAUCACACUUUCACUCUCGGGUCGAGACGUUCCCUAUCGACGAUAAUCACGUCCCAGCUCUGCCCAUGAUCAAGCUGUUCUGUGAAAACGUUGAUUCCUGGUUAUCUCAAGAUCCUAAGAACCUUGCUGUUAUACAUUGCAUGGCUGGCAAAGGUCGAACUGGAUUAAUGGUCUGUGUUUACCUAGUCUAUUGCGGCAUGACAGCAGAAGAUGCUCUCCAGUUGUAUGCGAGUAAAAGGACUACCAACAAUCAAGGUGUGUCUAUACCAAGCCAACGACGUUAUGUUCAGUACUGGGCUAGUGCACUUACUUUCCCUAGGGGAAUCAACAAUGGCCCUCCGGACGUGAAUUUGCCUCCAUCAUGUAGCAGAGAACUGCGACGAAUCCGGCUCUACGACAUUGUUAACACAGACUCUGUCUUCUUUGUGGUCUCAGAGUUGCAGGAGAUUCCUGGUCAGUUGUAUCGUCCAUCGGUAGAGGUUGCCAAAGGUAGUUGUAGGCAAGUUAGACAAGGAUAUCAUAGGACUUAUAGUCCGAGGUAUUACAUUUCUUUUGUGGAAGAUGAUGAAGAUGGGAAGACAUCAGAUUCAGAUCAUCAGGAACCUCAUGUUGUUGUCCAGAUGGAUACUGAGAGUUCCAUCAUCUACCAAAAGACAUGUCUUGAUCAUUACUUUGAGAAGCCAGUAGAGUUAAGUGGAGAUGUACGAAUUAUAUUCUACGAGAAGAUGAUAGGAGGAAGGCUCUUCUACGUCUGCUUCAACACAUCUUUCAUAAAGAACAGCUUGUUACAAUUUACACCUGGAGAUCUUGAUAAACUUGGGAAGAGAGGCAGGUCAAUGUGUGGCCCUUCAUUUUGCUUGGAGCUUACGUUUGGCCCUGCAAACUCAAAGUGUUCAGAGUUGCCCUUUGUUAGCAAUGUUGAUUUUAGUGAUGGACUAGAAGAAAUGUGAUCAAGAACUGAGAAGAGCAAUGUGAUCCUCCUUGUAAUGUGGUUUUCGCCCUUGUAAAAGAACAUUAAUAUGUAUCACAACUUCUUGUUGUUGCAUAGCCAUAGUUUAUAUAUCCAUACUCAAAACUGCAAUGAGCAUUGAGAUAUGAGGAAAAUCAUUUAUCUUUACUUCAGAAGAUAUAGAAGAAAAAGAUUAAUAUUUGGAGAAAUUCAUUUCUUCAGUAUUUGAUCGGGCAUUUUUCAUCUACAUGAGAGGUCAUAUCUUAUGCCUAUAUAAAGUAAUUGCUUUGUAUUCGGAAACACAUUUAUCCUCCUUUACACAUUAAUCUUUGGUUGUAUGAGUGAUUUCAAUUGCAGACUUUGGGUGUAUGGAAAAUGAGACGGGGCAUCAAAAUAUCAAAUGACAUAUUUACAAAAUGAAUUCAAUGAUUCAUUAUUUUCUUACAAAGAUGAAAAGAAGUCGACCAAAUGAAAGGGUCGAUCUUUUCUUGAUGAGGGGGGUGACGACAGAGAUG